UGUGGUGUCCCCAGCUAUGCCCCUUGGUGUCCCGCCUGCCAGAACCUGCAGCCCGAGUGGGAGAAGUUUGCCGAGUGGGGCGAGGACCUGGAAGUGAACAUCGCCAAAGUGGAUGUCACGGAGCAGCCGGGAUUGAGUGGACGAUUUGUCAUAACAGCUCUUCCUACCAUCUAUCACUGUAAAGAUGGAGAGUUCAGGAGAUACCAGGGUGCAAGAACUAAAACUGAUUUCAUAAAUUUCAUCAGUGACCAGGAAUGGAAGUCUAUUGAACCACUUUCUUCAUGGUUUGGCCCUUCCUCUUUCCUGAUGAGCAGUGUGUCAGCUUUGUUUCAGUUGUCAAUGUGGAUCAGGCACUGCCAUGGUUAUUUAACAGAAAAUGUUGGAAUACCGGUCUGGGGUUCAUACGCUCUUUUUGCGUUGGCAACUCUGUUCUCGGGACUGAUACUGGGACUU